AUGGAGACAUGUGUAAGAGGAUUUGCUUAUAUGCCUGAAACAAAAGCAGAAACAAGCGAUUUAAAGUAUGUAGAAAGUGAAAACUUAGAAAGAACUUGGAAAAUUACUAGAAGAGAACGUCUAAAACGACAAGAACAGAAAGUAUGGGAAGAAUUUAUAAAGGAACAAGAUAUUGUGCAAAAUAUGUGCCAAGAUGAUCCUUAUCAAUUCUUAGACCAAGUACCUGAAGAUUGUAUAAAGGAACUUUUAGAUAUAGAGCUACAGAAAAUGAAGCAAGAAGCCAUUGAAGAGAUUCAGGUCAUAACUGAAGAAAUAGAAGAACCUAAUCAAAAUGAUAAUCAACACAUAGUAACAUUUAUUGAGAAUGAAGACCAAGAGUGUGAUAUGUUUCAUGUGUUUGAUGAUGAAAAAGACGAUGAAGCAUCUGGUCCUGAAGAAGAAGCUCUAAAUGACUCAAUCAACAGUCCUCCAUGCACUGUGCGAGAGAGACAAGAAGAGAAAAAUUCCCCAUCCAGGCAUAGUAGUCCUGAUAAAAUAUCAUGUAAAUCAUCUACGGAGAAUGUGACCAACAUGAUUGAAAACAGCAUCUACUGCGCCAAAGUUAAGGAGCUGAGGAUGAAGAUCAAUGAGGAAUUGACAAAUAUUAUAAUAUUCUUAGAGACACGAGAUAUUAUGAACAUUGACCCCACGGAUAUACCCAAAAUGAUGAAACGCUCCGUCGAGUUCAGCGCUCGCUUCAACAGGGUCCAUUUGUAUCAGCUACAAAGACAAAUGGCGGACAUCGAGCGCCACGCUCGCCGCGCGCCGCCCCUCGCGCGGCGCACGCACGGCCGCGCGCAGCGGGCGCGCGCCGCCGCGCUGCACGCCGCGCUGCUGCACGCGCUGCAGGUGCUAUCCAAGUCCCUGCAACAAACGUGGUGUAUGCGGGAGAGCGCGGAGACCGCGCGCGCCACGGCGCGGGCGGCGCGCGCGGCCGCGGGCCUCGCGCCGGACUCGUGUGACGAUGUAAUCCCAGAGACCUGCGACAAGCUGGAAGUAACAUUAAACGAGUACACGGCAAAGAUGUCCGAGUAUUUGAACAGUAUUGAAAAUACGAGUGUCUCCUGUUCAAGAAAAUCAAGCAAAGUCAAAAAUAAAAAGAAGUCUAUAGGGACUUGGUCCAAGUCUCUAAAUAAGUCAUUUACAAACACAGACGCGCGUCUGUCCAUGUACUCUCUGGACACUCUCAGAGUCAGUCUGAACCAAAAAUCAUCUAGCUCCAAAGAUAACUCCAGCGGAACAUCUAAAAUCCACGCGAGCGGCGGCCGGAGUAAAGAUUUUGAUAAAGGGGAGUUUGCUAAAGAUCAAAAUAAAAAGCCUCGCAGCCGGCGGCCGGCGCUCGACGUGCGCACGCUCGUGCAGGGCGUGGCGUGUGCGUCCAGCCACGUCAGUCGGGACGCGAGUCCUCAGUCCACUCCGAAGAGUAGAAACAUUACUCCACGACUAAACAAAAAUACACCAAGAACACCUAAAAAUAAUAAUAAAAAACUAAACACGCCUCGAUCUAGAGUAAGCAAUGCUAAUACUAAAAAUAAAAAUGCAUUAAAAGAAGUUACCAGAAAUAAUGAGAAAUUGGAUAAUAAUGAUAUGGAACAUUCCAGAAUGAAUGCAGAUUUUAAUAGAAAUAUUCAAAGUACUAUAGAAGGUAUUGAAACAAAUGAUGCGAAAGAGACGGACGAUGUCAAAGUAAAGUCCGUUGAAAAGAAAGAGAUGGGAGAUGUGAAAUCAAAUGUGCGAGAAAGAGAGAACGAUAUUGAAGAAAAGGAGAGUAGGAAGAAUGCUAAACCGAAAGAGGAACGGCGUGAGAAGAAUCAUGAAGGAACUAAGGUAAGUGAUACUAGAAUA